AUGUCUUCUCAUGAUGAGCCCCUCACAUCUGUGGAGUCUGUGGACGAUGGAAAUGCCCAGGCGACUGUGGGUAAAGGUAAAGCAAGGACGAUGCCAGUUCCCAUUCGCCCCUCCUCGGUCCUGCACGAUCUCUUUGAUAUGUCGCCCUCAGCUGUAACGAGCUACAGAACUGGCGAAAGUUCAUCUGGGUCUUUGGCUUUCAGCCCUGCUACAUCCAACUUUUCAUCCCCUGACUUUGAUAACAGAUAUCGAAACCACAAUUUGUCUAUCGAGAGCAUGGAACAGCUAGAGUCACCAGGUUCCGAAAGCUUCCUAUCAGACACUACCUCUGCAAAGGGCAAAGGCAGGGAGUCGUUUCCCUACCUACCCCCACUCAGUUUCUCCGUGAUUAGGCUCGACUACGAGGGUGACCUCUCCCCUACUCCUGGUCCAUCGUCAUAUGGCGCUCUGUACAGUCCUACGCCGGUCACCGCCAAUUUACCUAGUUCCCGAGAAAUUUCCAUUGCGUCCCCAUCUUCUUCUCCAGAGCCAGACUCGCCGGAUGCUGCAAGAUCCCACCUGCUUCGAUGUCAAUCCCUAUCUAAUUUAUCUCGCCCAAUUUCUCCUCUGCUCAGUACUGCGUUAACAACGCCCCCUGUGUUUGGACCAUCCCGCACCCCUAGCAAUAUCUCUCGCCAGCUCAUUCUCGACCAGAAUGCCAAUAGCAAUGAAUCUCCACCUCUAGAUCCGACCGCGCACACAACUGCACUUUCGUCAGUCAUUUCGUCAUCUACUUUAUCUGUCAUCGAAAGAGAACCUAGCAGCUACCCUCCGGCAUGGUACACUGUAUCCAAACCCAAGUCUCCAAUUGUAACAACACAACCUGGUACCAUACACCUCCCGACCCCUCGCUCUAGCUUAAAGCCUAAAGUCCGGUCUAAAUCCUCUCCGUAUCCAAUCUCAGUUCUAGAUUUUAUUCCUGCUACUUCAUCUGAUCUCUUUGAACCUAUUCCAAUUGUCAUUCCAAAUUAUUUUGAUCUGAUUCUCCCCAAAGAGCUGCGACUACAUAUUCUACGCAGCCUAAUUGAUGUACACGAACAGGACUACUUGCGCUCAGUGCGCGAGGGUCGUCUUACCGCGGCCAAGGCAACUUCGUCCAGAGGUCGAUGGGUUGGCAGAGACAAAGGGGUCAGAGAACUGUUCAAAUUGAGCAGAGUCUCGAAAGGCUGGAGGUCGCUUGUUUUCGAUGGAGAGCUAUGGAUUGACGUUGACCUGCGCUCUUUUCAUUCGCUGCCCCCCGCGAUCGUUGUACGACUAGUGCAGGCAGCGGGUACAUUCGUCCAAAGUCUUAACGUUGCAGGACAUGUACAGCUCCAUGCAGACGCCAUGACCGAUAUCACCACCAGCCUUUGCCUUACAGUGCCCCAGACGCCGCUAUCUUACACACAAAUCACCAAGGCCAAUUUCCAAGGCUGCGUUUCUCUGACCACCCGGUCUCUGCACCACUUCCUCGUCAGAUCUCGUUCUUUACAGACACUCUCGGUCAAGGGUCUGUCAGCGGUCACAAACACGACAUGUGAUAUCCUCGCCAACUUUUGUCCAAGCCUCGUAUCUCUCAACAUGAGCCGAUGCCCUAAUCUGGACGGCCAUGGGAUCGAGGCGUUGACGCUCUCUGCGCUCUUCCGCAAGGAGCACCUCCUAUUAAAGGAACUCCGUGUAUCUGGGCUCAAAUACGUUUCGGACUCCGUCAUGCAGGCGCUGGGCAGGGCGGCGCCGUACCUGGAGGUGCUGGACCUAAGCUACUCACGCCAGCUGCACAAUUCGGCGCUGGACGCGUUCGUUGCGUGUGAAGGCUACACGGACAAUCUGCUUGCGCUCGAAACUGUCCUCGUCUCCCCGAGGGAUCUUGGGAGGGAUGUUAAUGAUAGCACAAAGUUAAAGCGUAGGGUGACGAGGCUGAGGCACCUUAUUCUGUCCUCGUGCCUGCUCUUGACGGAUACGGCCUGUGCAAAUCUGGCGCAUUCUGUUCCAAAGCUCGAGUUUUUGGAGCUCGCAGGUAUCGGCGGAUCGAUGAAGGACACAGGACUCAUAUGCUUAUUAUCGACAACGCCGCAUAUCAGACGGCUGGAUCUCGAGGAUGCGCUUGAUAUUACAGAUAAAGUAUUGGCUACAAUCACACCAGCCCCUAUCCCUGUCGAGGACGCCUCUGCAGCGACGACGCCGUUGAAGAAGAAAACACCGCCUCCGAAGCAGCCAGGGUACGCGCUGCAGCAGCUGAACGUCUCAUACGCGACGCAGCUCACGGACGACGCGUUCUUGAACCUCAUCCACAACUGCCCGCGGCUCGCGGUGCUCGAGGCGGACAACACGCGCAUGAGCGCGGCGGUGCUCAGGGAGUUCGUGCGUGUGGCGCGGGAGCGGACGACGCGGCACGCGCGCAUCGUCGCGAUUGACUGCCGGGGCAUUCACGAGGGGCUGGUGAAGGAGCUCGCGCCGAUGACGCGGCCGCGCGUGGGGUGGCGCGCGUACGGGGCGCGCAAGCUGGGCUUCUUGGACGCGCGGGACGAUAAUGACGACGAGAUGCGGGCGGGGCAUGGGCAGGAUGAGAUGGACGAGGAGCGGGUGGUGCUCAAGUCGUUUUACUCGUGGCAGACGGUGGACGCGGUGAAGGCGGCGAGGGAGAAGAGGCGGCGGGCGACGGCUGCGCGGAGGACGGCGAGCGAGUCGUCGACGGGGAGUGCGGGUGGGGUGGCGGGGGAUUUUGAGAGGGUGUUUGGGGGAGGUGGGAGUGGGAGGGCGAGGUGGUGGUCGCCUGGUGGGAGGCGGAGUCCGAGGGCCGGGGGUGGUAAUGCUGGUGGUGAACAGGACAGGAAUUCGCCGCCUAUCCUUCCGGAUCUGAAUGGUGAAGGAUGCAGAACCAUGUAA